GUCUAGACGCCUUAAUCGAUCUGCAAAACAACAUUUGAGAGUAAAGACAACUUGGACGACAGAGUUUCUAUUCCGGCCUUCAUUUCCAUCUUUGGUCAUCCUGGCCAGACCCAGACCGUCUAUAAAAGUGUUGAGUGCGGCGUCGCUCGCCACUCGCCAACAUGGCCCCAAAGAAAGUGGAACCCAAGAAGACGGCAGAGGCAAAGAAGCCGGCGGAAGCCACAAAGAAGGACGAGGGUGCGGCGCCGCCUCCAAAAGCGCCAGAAGCGCCGUCCAAACCCCCUGAGGUGGACCUGAAAAGCGUGGUUGUGGAGUUCAGCGCCGAGCAGAUCGAGGAGUUCCGCGACGCCUUCACGCUGUUUGACGAGACCCCGACGGGCGAGAUGAAGAUCACGUACAGCCAGUGCGGCGACGUGAUGCGCGCCCUGGGCCACAACCCCACCAACGACGACGUCCUGAAGCUGCUGGGUCGGCCCAAGGCCGAGGAGAUGCACACCAAACUGCUGGACUUCGACAGCUUCCUGCCCAUGCUGCAGCACGUGGCCCGCGCCAAAGACCACGGCCACUUUGAGGACUUUGUGGAGGGUCUCAGGGUCUUCGACAAAGAGGGCAACGGCACCGUCAUGGGGGCGGAGCUUCGCCAUGUCCUCGCCACCCUGGGGGAGAAGAUGACGGAGGACGAGGUGGACCGGCUCAUGGUGGGACAGGAGGACGCCAACGGACACAUCAACUACACCGAGUUUGUCAAACACAUCCUGGCCGCGUGAACCCAGUCUCUGUACAUUCUAGAAACAUCUAUGCUGAUUUAUGAAAAUGAAAUAAAGACACAGAA